CCAGAUGUUAUUACCGGGAGCGUGUUCAGGAUUGGCGGUGGCACGGCAGUGGCCCGGGGAGGAGUCCGGAGGAUCCAGUACCGAGGACGACUCUGAGAACUCAUCCAGAGUCGGUGAUGGUCGGCAGCAGUCGGCGCGUUUGCCCGGAGCACCGCGGGUUCCCGGCACACAGCCGAUGGAACAGGAGCCCCAGACACCGGAGAUACCUUCCCAUCACUUCCCCAUGGACGCCUGCUCCACGCAGGGCUCCUGCCUCGGUUCCCAGACUCCGGCACUCGCCCUGCUCCCCCCGCCCCUUUGGGAGGGGGGUUUGGAAGAGGGGACGGCCACAGGGAGGAGCCGGCUCGGAUCUGGAGACACCACUCAGCUGCACCCUUUGAACAACAGUCCUGUACCCGUGGGCGCAGCAGGGUUGUCCGCUUUGAAUGGCCCACCCGGAGAUGCUAACUUGGACGGUGACCCCCUCACUGAAUCCCUGGCCGCUGAGGGUGGGGACGGAGAUGACACUCAGACUGCGGGCGGUGAUCCAGACCCAAGAUCAGGCAGUGAGGAGUUGAUGCCACCUGCCUCCCCUGGCGCUUCCAUUGCCGUCGCAAGGAUGGAAACCAGCAACCCGUUGGGUGUGAGCGCGGAGACACCCAAUUCUUGGCCUGACCAUAUUUCAAGCGUGCGCUCACCACAGAGGGGAAGAGAUGGGAGUUUGAUUAACUUGGACACCAGGGAAGGGUUGGGGACCCUGAUGGAGCUGCACGUUGGGGGCAAGCUGGGAGCUGUAUCUGUGGGACAUUCUGAGUGUUUAAAGCUAGAGGAAGGCGGCAAGUCGGCUUAUGACAUGGGCUUGGCCAAACGGGCCGAGUUGGACGAUUCGGUCUCAAAAGCUGACGCGUGGACCAAACCUGUGCCACCGGAGACGGAGACGGGCGUGUCACCGAAGGCAGAGACGGGCGUUUCACCGGAGACGGGCGUUUCACCGGAGACGGAGACGGGCGUGUCACCGAAGGCAGAGAUGGGCGUUUCACCGGAGACGGGCGUUUCACCGGAGACAGAGACUGGCGUGUCACCGGAGGCAGAGACGGGUGUUUCACUGGAGAUGGGCGUUUCACUGGAGAUGGGCGUUUCACCGGAGAUAAAGAUGGACAUGUCACCGGAGACGGGGACAGAUGUAACACGCGUACUGGUGAUGGACACAUCAGAGGAGCUGAAUACAGACACGCAGAGAGAUGAGUCACGGGACACAGAGACAGAUGUGUUCAGGGAAUUGGACACGGACACCUCACUGGAGACGGACGUGUCACGGGAACAGGACACGUGUACGUCACGGGAACUGGACACGUGUAUGUCACGGGAACUGGAUACGUGCACAUCACGGGAGACGGAGGUGUCACGGGAACUGGACACGUGCACGUCACGGGAGACGGACGUGUCACGGGAACUGGACACGUGCACGUCACAGGAACUGGACACGUGUAGAUCAUGGGAGACGGACGUGUCACGGGAACUGGACACGUGCACGUCACGGGAACUGGACACGUGUAGAUCACGGGAGACGGACGUGUCACUGGAACUGGACACGUGCACGUCACGGGAACUGGACACGUAUAGAUCACGGGAGACGGACGUGUCACUGCAACUGGACACGUGCACGUCACGGGAACUGGACACGUAUAGAUCACGGGAGACGGACGUGUCACUGGAACAGGACACAAACAGGUGUCAGGAACUGGUGAUGAACGUGUCACAGGAGACUAUCUACUCAUCACAGGAACUGGACACGGGCACCUCACGGGAGGCGAUGGACACAUCACAGGAGAGGGUCAUGCGGAGAGAUGAGCUCGGUGGUGGCGAUGAAUUGCUUCCCGUGGAAGGGACCGUUUCUGUGGAGCCUGGGAGUGUAUCGGUGGAAGGGCAAGUGGAAGGGUCCCGUGACGCCAGGCUGGGCAGCGCCCACACUGACGACGAAGACCUGGGUGGUCCUGACGGGGCUGACACAGACUCCAGUGUGGAGGAGACUUGUGUGAAGCUUGUCUCUUCAGGUGGUGGUGAGGAGGUUGGAGAUUCCCUGGAUGUGGAGAAGAGUUGGGGAGUUGACCUUGUCGGGUGGACAGUGGAGGUGGCCGAUGUGAGACCAGCAGCAGUGGCAAGGAAUGUCACUGUACCGGACGUGGGGACCAGUGCUCCGCCGAUCCGCUCCGAGUGUGAUUUUGUCUAUGAGCCCGUGUCACCGGCGACUUCUGGACCUGUCGGUGAAGAUGGGGAGAUACAAUGGGAAGUAUCUCCCCCCGAUAGAGUGGAGACACACACAGAGGAGGAGCCCACUGACCAGAGGAUGCACACGGGCACAUCACGGGAACUGGACACGGGAACAUCACGGGAACUGGACACGGGAACAUCACGGCACAUGGAGACGGGCUGGUCACGGGAACUGGACAUGGGAACAUCACGGGACACGGAGAUAGGCGUGUCACGGGAACUGUACAUGGGAACAUCACGGGAACUGGACACGGGAACAUCACGGGAACUGGACAUGGGAACAUCACGGGACACGGAGAUAGGCGUGUCACGGGAAUUGUUGGUGGACACCUCACGGGAGAUGGAGAUUAAUGGAUCACGGGACAUGGAGUCUCGCAUGUCACAGGAACUGGACAUUGGAACAUCACGGGACAUGGACAUGGGAACAUCACGGGACAUGGAGACAGGCGUGUUGCGGGAAUUGUUGGUGGAUACCUCACUGGAGAUGGAUGGGUCACAGGACACGGAGACGGACGUGUCACAGGAACUGGACACGUGUACUGUUAUCUAUGAGCCCGUGUCACCAGCACCUUCUGGACCCGUCGGUGAAGAUUUGGAGAUACAAGGGGAGGUGGAGCCACGCUCUGAGGUGGAGGCCACUGACGCUUUGACCCCGGCUGCAGUGAUGAGCGACGGCACUGAGCCUGUGUGUCGUGGGGUGGAUGGGCGGCCGUUGCUGGAUUGUCCUGUCUCCAUGGUCACCCUCAGCACCGCGCUGGAGCAAGAGGGGUCAGCGGGCGAGCUGGUCAUGCCCACUGGCAGUGGUGUGGCUGCUCCCGUCACGUCGGGUAUGACCCACAGCCUUGUGUGCCACCCCAAUUCUAUGGCUGUAGACCCGCCCGACACCCGGCCUCUCUCCCUCCCCACCCUGGGGUCCGAGACUGCUGCUGCUCUCAGCCCACCCCAGCAGACUGAGAGCCUGAUCCCCAGGGUGAUGGGAGAGGCUGGGGAGCAUUUACCCUUGGAAGAGCCGGUGCCUGGCGGACCAGACGACGUGACCCUCGCCCCGGGAGGUGUGGACGGCCGACGGUGCCCAGUGCUGGGUGAGGGCGAGGGAUUAGGUGCAGCCCGGGCAGAAGUGACCCUGGUGGGUCAGAACGUGGGCAACGGGCCUAAAGCCGGGGAGAGCCUGGACCGGCCGGCAGUGGUUUCUGAGAACGUCACGACCGGGACAGUGUCUGGAGCCACCGCUCAGCUACCAGGUCACAGCUGGGACUUCACCAACGCUGGUCCAGCGGAGCCGGGCGCUAAUACCCUUGAGGAUGUUGAGGUGGGAGUGGGGAGUGAGGGUGAGAGCACGGUGGGAGGCCAGGGUCAGCCGUGGGAGCCUCAUGGUGCCCUGGCUGUGUCGGGCACCAAAGGCUUCGGCCUACCCCCUGCACCCCUGGGUCAAACCGGGGCGCUAGAGGCUGAAGUAGACCCCGAGACUGCAGUUGGGACCGUCCCGUUGGGGUGCUGGGCCACACCUGGAGUCUGGCAGGGUGGGCUGCGUCAUCUGGGGACCCCCAAGUGCCCAGAAAUGGUCCCCACUUGUGACGAGAUGGAGGGAGGAGAAGGAGAAACCUGCAGCAACGAGGGCCCCUCUGUCUCCGACACCCCCACAUUGCAGAGUCCCAGUGUCUCCAUGGGGGGGUCCCUGAUAUCACUGGGCUCCACCCUUUCUGAAGAGGGAGCUGACGCCUCGACCCAACAGGGUGCCACUGUUUCUCAAAUGGGAGCUGGCACCCCCACAUUGGAGGGUCCUGUUAUCUCUGGACGUCCCUGCACCCCUAGAUUGGAGGAUCCCGUUGUCUCUCAGGGGGGAUCCAGCACCCCCAGGUUGGAGGGUCCCACCGUCUCGGAUGGAGAUUUGGACAUUCUUGCUCCACACGAUCCCACCAUCUGUGACAACUUUGCUCCACGAGAUCGCACCAUCUCUGAGGGCGAGUCCAACACUCCCACAUCUCCGCUUUCCACUCUUUCUGAAGAGAGAGCUGAUAGCCCUCCGUCCAACUCUGAGGGGGGAUCUGACAGCCUUGUUCCACAGGGCCCCGCGGUAUCUCAGGGUGAAGCCACCAUCUCCACAUCGUGGGCUCCCACUGUCUGCGACCAGCGAGACAGCCCCCUCUCAUCACCGGAUCCCGUUGCUCAGGGAGAAGCUGAGACAUUCGCUCGGUGUGGUCCCACCGUCCCCCUUGGGAGAGCAGGUAUCUCCUCCCCCACGUUGCAGGCAGCCCCUGUGUCUGGACAGGGGGUGGACAUCCCUGCCUUGCUGGAUCCCAACGUCUCCGGAGGUGAAGGCACUCUCACCACAACAUGGCCUCCAGCUCUCCCCGGUGUGGCUGAGGGAGCAGCAAACAUCUCAGCGCAGCAGGGUCCUGAGGCCAAGAUGGAAGAAGGCUUGGCGAGAGGGGAGGAAGGUGCUGUGGCCGCUGGUGACUACGGGCGUCCUGGGUGGAAGCAGGCCGGGCUGGGAGAUGGGACCCUCCCGAAUGAAGAAGGACCGUCGGCCGGCUCGUCCGUGACGGUGGAUGCGAGGGGAGGCGGGGACACCGAUCCCGAAUGGAGCAGUGACAUGGUUCCUGACGAGUGGCUCCUGGCAUCAGAGACGCAGUUGCCAUCGGAUGCCACGCGGUGGGGAGAUUCGGAGUGGAGUGAGGCGGAGCGGCCGGAACCAGCCCGGAGGAGCACGGUGGAUGGAGAUGGGAAAGCCAUGCUCGCCGACUGCUCGAAGCAGAGUGUGGGCGGGAUUGGCGGAGCGAGCGAGGCCCAGCUCUCCGGGAGCUCUUCAUUCUCAUCGGACUGCUUGGAAACGGUGGACUCAGCAGGAGGCUGGGCUGGUGACCUCCAUUCCCAGAGGACUGAGAUCCACCAGGAUGCAGUGCCAGGCUCGUCCUCGUGUGCAAAGGAGGAGGAAGAGAGGCGGGUAGAGUCAGUGCCGGGAUCUGCUGAUGCUGCCAGUGGACACCUGGAACAUCUCAGCCUGUUGCAGGGCAAGGACCAUGUGGCAACACCUUCCACAUCUGCAGUUGAACAAGUGGAUGCAUCUGCUGGGGUGGAGCGGGAAGAAGGUGAUCACGAUGGAAGUGGCCUCCUGUUUGAUUACUCCAGCCGGCCUGGGAGCGUGUUGGAGCCAGAGUUACAUCGCCCCUGCCCCGCGGAUCCAGAUUCCCGAGAGGAGCAAGGAGCUCGUUCUCCAGAUACCUCCUUUCCCAACUCGCCGACCGACGUGCAGGAGGCCGGUGUUGCGGGAAACCUCUGCAGGACGCUGGCCGGAGCAGGAGAGAAGCCCAUUCCCGGAGAUCCGGACAACCAGAGACUUGCGGGUGACGACACAAAGAAAAGUCCGGAGUGGAAGUCAGGACCAUCCCCUUCACGGGCACAGCGCCUCCAAAGAGUUCGUUGGCCUACGAUGCGGGAGGAGACACCGCGGGUAUCUGACAUUCUGCAGCCACAGCUCGGGCUCCGCGGCAAGACAGCUCCACCGUUGCUUUCGGUAAAUUUGCGGGGAUUAGAAAGCGAGAGGAAGUAUGGUUGUCACAGCGAGGGCUUGAAUGAAAGAUUGGGGACGGGCCCGGGCUCACCGUGUGAGACGGGGCAGGAGGUUGACGAGGGAUCCGUCGGGAGUGAUAGCACGACUGACGACCUUGCAGAGGCUUGGCUCCCCAGCUCCCAGGUGCCAAACAACUCAUGGAGUGAAGUCUCGGGGUCCGAGCAGGGUGAGGGUUCCAGCCUUGUGGCCGACACAUAUGGCUCCAGCGCUCACCCCAAUCUGCCCCUACCUUGCGAUCAGAUUGUUCCGGGGAUGGCCAUCUCCGGAGGGACUGAACCGGCCAGCGGCUUGACAUUGGCCGCCGUGGAACCCAACGAACAAGACCUCGCGGACAAGGACCUCCCACCAGUUGCUUACCCUCAAACGGAGUUCUCUGAGGCAGUGGCGGCCUCCGUGGAAGAGCCAGCUCAAGAGGAUCAGCGGUCGUUGGACCACCUUGAGGAGCAAAAGGGAUUCCGCAGAGAGGCUGGAGUGGAUGGGCACGGCACUGCCGAAGAGGACAAUGGUGGGGAGUGUGGGACGGAGGUGGAACUGGGCGUAGGAGCCACUGAAGUGUACGUGUUGAGUCAGUUUACCUCCCAGAGUUUGAAGGACACCAUUGGAGCUCUAAUGACACCAUUGUGUGACCCUCACCUUGCCCCUCACUCAAGAGACACGGACAAAGGCUUGCAGCGACAACUGAUACACGCAAAUCCAAUUGAAGAUCCGUUGGAAAAGUGCAGCCUUCCAACUGCAGGGGGGCAGCCCAAGUCCGAGAUUGGGAGUAUUUGUGUGCUUGAACAGGCUGAAGUCAUUCAGCCCAACUCACCCAGUGAAGGACAAGAACCGUUGCCCACUGGGGUACCAGCCGCCGAGACCUUUAGGGGCAAGUCCACGUCUAGAUCUGGAGAUGGUGAAUGGCCUGACGUGGAGAUCGGAACAAUGGAAGAGUCUAGCCAAGGCGUGGGCCAAAGCCAGGUCGAAGCUGUUGAGGGCGUGCAGUUGGGCCUGGUAGCCGACUCAACGGGUGUUAACUGGAGCCCCGAAUACUUGAACCUUGGUCGUUCUGGGCCGAUGUCAGAGGAGCUGGAAGCUGCAGGCAGCUGGAGAUGGAACGGCUCGGGGCACCGAGCGUUGAAGAGACCUCGUGCAGGUGGGGACGCAGCUUGGAAUUCCACAGCCGCGGGACCCAGCAAAAGAAAGUGCGCUCCUCAACAGAGAGAGCUGAGGCCAGCAGAGGGGAAGCAAUUGGGUGGACAGUCUGCCUCCAAACAGUCUGUGCAUCAUCGAGGCAAGUACAUCGGUCGGCUGGUUCGCCAGUUCUUCGCGGAGUACAGAAUGCCCCGGGGGCACGGGCUUCCCAAGGUCGCAGUGGCGACCAGGCGAGAUGAGGUGGCAAGAAUGGUGAAAGACUUCUUCCAAGCUCGAAGCAUCCAGCCUGAAGCAGCUGAGGGCAUUGACACGUCACAGCCGACUACAAUAUCCUCCACUGCUGGUCAGCGACCCACCUGCCCGGGCUCAGAACCAGGUCAGGAGCCAAAAGAGCACUGCGACUCCUCCCAACCAGAUGUAUCUCAGGAGGCAGAAGAGCACCUUGAGAGGUCUUGCUUGUUCAACCAAGACCUGGACCUUAUCCCUGUGACUAAUGGCACUCGCCUCUCGAAGGCCACAGAACCCUGCCUGUCUGAGGUAGGUUUGCAUGGUGGAGUUGUUGGGGAUUCGGUAAUGUUUCCUGUGCUGGAGGGCAGUAACGUCACUGAUCAAUCAGAAACCAAUUGUAGGGGCACGACCUCAACCGCUGUCAGAUGCUCCCCACACAUCAGUCUAAACGCACCUCACAUCGGCCCAGGAGGAGUCCAGGUCAAAGUGCACUCUGUAGUUGAGUGCUUUGGUCCUUCCUUCAACUUUACGCAGGAUGCCAGGGUUUACGCAGAGAAGGCCGAGUGUCCCAGCCCCCACGAAGGAGGGUCUCUGUCCCUACUUCAGUGUCCUUCCACUGCUGACCCCUUCGAGAGGCCAAGGGAUGGCGAAUGCCAGGGCCCGGGACUGAAUGGGACCUCCUGUGGUGCUGGUGGGACGGAGGAGAUGGCUUGUGAUGGAAGGGAGUAUCUGCUAUUGGAACGACCUGACACACCUCUGCAACCACGCAGCUCUGCCCUCGUAGAAUGUGUCGGAGAUGCCAGCACGGAUCAGGAAGAGUCAUCUCACCCCGCCCAACAGACCCCUGGCUUGGCUGUGAAUGCUCCAGUCGGAUGGCUUCACAAUGGCAGAUGCAGCAGCCCAGAUGCAUUCAGUCAUUUACCUGCCCCGAGUCAUCCUGAUAUUCGCCCCCCUGAGCAUGCAACAGAACUGCCCCCUUCUCGCCAUGAUCACCUCGGUCAGAGCUGCGAAGGCAUGCAUGGUCUCUGCGAGGUGCAGCCAUCAACACUCGGCUGCGGGAAGUUGGAUCACAGCAAUGGCGUGGGUGGUCUUCGUGGAGCACACCUCGCUUGUAGCAACGAUGAGGCUGGACCUGUCGGGUUGGCCAAUCCAUCAGCCAUUAAUUCCGCCGCUCCCACUUGCACCACCACUAAGAUUGAACCUGUUAAUGUCAUGGACCCGUCGGCCCUCCACCACAAACAGCGAGAUCAAGGAGACAGCAAGAUUGGCCUCAGCCGAGCAAAACCAUCGGCUGCUGACGACAGUGAUGGGGAUUUUGAGGAAGAGAUUCCACCGGUUAGUAAUGCAAAACUGUCAACUCUUCACGACGGCUCUCCGGGUUGCAGUGAGGAUGAGGAUGAACCUGUUGAUCUUUCACAACCAUCGGCCCUUGACGACAAUGGUCUGGGCCGUGUGGAGCCAUCCUCCGCCCUUGACCACGAUGACCAGGGUCAUGUUGACAAUGAGGUUGGACCUGUCGGCGCAGCAGAGUCCACGGCUCUUGACAAUGUUGAACGAUCUCAUCCCGACAGGAGUGGCCCAAGUCACAGCAGUGACUUCAGUGAGAUUGGAGGUGGAGACGCAGCUCCUGACUGCAGUGGCAUGGAUUGCGAUGGCCGUAGCUUUGAACAUGUCCAUGCACCAGAACCGCCAACCCUUGACCCGGGAGCUCCGAGUGGUGUCAGGGCUGGAGAAUCACCAGCUGUUGUUGGACACUGGAUGGACCGGGAGAGUUUCCCUGGCCGCCUACCGCAUGCUACACUACAGAUGGCCCCCAGCGAUGGUAUGGACCUGGGACAGAGUCUCGAGGGGAGCUGGAGCCGUGAGCUCCCAGCCUCUCCUUGCCCCGGAGAGCGGAGAGACUUUGGCGGGAUGGCCGGAGGCGUGGGCUGCAGUGGGAGGGAAGACCGUGGAGAGCCAUCUAGAAGCUGGCUAUCCGGACCGGAGGGCAGGAAUACCGCAAGGGCCUCAUCUCGGAAUGCCGGCGCGCAAGUUCCCGCCCAGAGUGAGAGCUCGUCCCAGCUGGGGUGGGGGAGCGCUCUCUGUUCCAGUCGGACCAGCUCACAGGAGGAACUGCAGCUGGAGACACCCAGAGAUUCCAUGGCCCACCGGAGGGAUAGAGAACGUGCUGAAUUCCCCCAGGAAGUCUUGGACAGCGCAGGAGCAAGCUUCGCCAGUGAGGGAGUGAGUUCAGCGCCGUUUGCAGAAGAUGCAACGAUGGGGAGAGACUGUGGGGAUGACGGGGCAGAGAGUGGCUGUCCUGCCCCUUCCCUGCCGACCAUCCCGCCAGGAGCCGGGGAUUCCCCAGUGCUGCAGCCCAGGCACCUCUGUCGGAUCCUCUGCAAGGAUCUCCACUGCGCCUCGACCAUGUUGACGGAGCCGCAGGCUGCUGCUGCAGCUCCUGUGGGAGGGGAAGCGGUGGAGGGUCCCGGGGGCACGCAGGAGGCUGGCAUACACGGCCAGCCGUCUGUACCCGACUGCCCAAAUACGGCAGGCUCCCUAGCCCCUCCACCAGCCGCUCGCAGCCCGGUGCUGCCGUCUGGGAGGGGGGUUGGUGAAUGGGACGCCGGGGCGGGUGACGGUGGUGGUGAGGCGGGUGGAGCUUCACCGGCCGGUGACAUCCGGCUGAAGGCAGAGGUCAUCGUGAGGGGAGGUGGGAGUGACCAGCAGGCUGGAGAUGGUGACUCUGGGUGGUUUAGUCCUGCCGUCUCCUUGGCAGAGGUUGGCUGUCCCACCUCCAAUGCCAGUCCAGAACCUGCCGCAGGCUUUGCCCAUCAUCCCGGGGCCACCUCUACAGCCAAGCACAACCCCUCGCUGCCGGAGGCUUCUCCGGAACGGUCCCCCACACCUGCGCCACUCCUCUGCCCUCCGCUCGGUUUUCCGACCUUGAGGAAUUCCAUCUCCCUUCCUGCCGAGGUCCACCCUCCCCAGCCCACCCGGAGCUCCUCCACCCCCCCUGGGGCCAUGGUCGGGUCCCUACCCUCCAGCACGCGGGAUCAGACGUCGCCCGCCCUCUCCCAGCAACACGUCCCAUCCCAGGAUUGUGCCACAUCCCGGGACCCCAGUCCAUCCCAGGAUCACGCCCCAUCCCAGUAUCCCUGUGGUGUCGGGCUUCCUGAAGAACACCUUCCCCGCGGCUUUGACCACGGGAUGUCUUUCCCGCUGGCCAAGGUGGAACGUGUCCCGGAUUCCAAUGGGAACGUGGACCAGGAGACCGUCUCCAAGCUCCCGUCCAGCUCUCCAUGCCCUGACUCGACUUUCAACACAACCUCGCCACAACGUAGGCAUGGCCAAAUGGAAUCCCACCCGUCCCAGAAGGAAUACCAUCCCUGCUCCGACUGCGAUCCCCCAAGGCAGGACACGACGCUGGCAUCCAGGUGUGGUUCGGAAGGAACAGGUGAAGAUCUGCGGAGGUCGGCCUUUCCGGAGCAACAGGGAGAAAGCAAGGAGGCUGUGGUGGCCAAUGCAGCUGUCCUCCCAGAGUCACUGGAGCACCACUGGGCUUCGUCAGACCAGGACAUCCAGAGCCAGCUGAGGGAGUGCCAACUCAUACUGCAGGGCAUCUCCGAGGCGCUGCAGGCCCAGGGUGUGGCCGAGGAGCACGUCACGGAGUGGAGGGAGAAGGUGGCAGAGCUGGAGAAGCAGACGGUGCCUGUGGUGACCCACGUGGCUGUGGUGGGGGACACGGGGUCGGGGAAGAGCAGCCUGCUGAACGCUCUGCUGGAUGAGGAAGGGGUGUUGCCCACCUCGGCCAUGAGAGCCUGCACUGCCGUGGUGGUGGAGAUAUCGCACAACGCCAGCUCUCAACACUACACCGCUGACGUCGAGUUCUUCUCCGAGGAGGAGUGGAACAAGGAGCUGACCUCGCUGCUCAGCGACAUGACUAAACGUUCCGGGCGACGGAGAAAGAGGAGACCAGACCCCGGCUCCGAGGCCAGUGUGGCGCACAGUCGCCUCAAGGCGGUCUAUGGACAAAUCCGGUCGUACCAGGAGCUACAGGAGAUGCGGGAGGUCACGCAGUACCUCGGGACAACCACCACCAUCAGCGAGGAGCAGGCAAAUGAAUUCCGCUCCAAAGUGGUGCGUUUCAUCGAUUCCCGCAAUGACUCUUCGGGCAGCAAGGGCGGUGAGUUCUGGCCGAUUGUGAAGAGGGUGCGCGUCCAAGUGCCACGUUCUGCCGUGCUAAAGACCGGCGCGGUUCUGGUGGACCUGCCCGGGGUCAGAGAUUCCAACGCUGCAAGGAACUCUGUGGCCAAAGAGUACCUGAAGAGGUGUGACGCGGUGUGGAUUGUGGCUGACGUCACACGGGCGGUGGAUGACAAGACGGCCAAGGAGAUGCUGGACGAAAGUCUACGCCGCCAGCUGCUGAUGGACGGUCAGGUCGGCUCCAUCGCCUUCAUCUGCACCAAGACCGACUCGCACAACGUCACCGAGAUCAUGAGUGCCCUCCCUCUGACUGUUGGCUGCACCUCUCUGGAGGCUGACAUUGCCCAGCUGAGGAAACAGAUUGAACAGAGCCAACAUCUCCAUGAGACCUGGACAUCAGAGCUGGAACUUGCACCCUCCAGCAAUCAGAAUGGAGAAAGGACCAAGCAGAUGCAACUUGCUAUCAAACAGCUGGAGGUGGAGUUGACCGAAUUCCAUCGAGAAGUGAGUGCAAAGCAGAGUGAGCUAUCGCUGAAUGCCAUCGAGGCCCGGAAUUCAUUCUGCAAGCAAAAGAUUCGCCUGAAUUUCAAGAGGGGACUGCAGGAUCUGAAGUGCCAGGCCAGGGAUGAAGAUACGGAAAGCGAUGAGGAGCAGGGGGAGAGCGGUGAGGAGGAUGAGGAUGAGGAUGUACGGGAGGAACAUUCCCACACGGAAUCACUCCUCCCUGUCUUUACUGUCAGCUCCACCGAGUACCUCAAGCUGAGGGACAUGUUUCAACGGGACGGCCCUCCGCGAGUGUUCCACAACAUCGAGGACACAGAGAUCCCAGCAGUGCAGAGGUUUGUCCACCGGACCACCCUGGCCAGGCAGGCGCUGGGCACCGAGGUGGUGGUCCGUGAUCUGGCCAGCUUCAUCAGCCACAUCGUCACCUACCUGACCAACCGCAGAGCCCAGGCUGCCUCGUGCCAGGCUCAGUUGCGAGAGGCGGUGCAGGACAGUCUGUCCCGUGUCCAUGAAAUCUUCCAGGAGGUAGCCGAGGACUGCCGCCUCAACGUCCACGCCUCCUUUGCCACCAUCAAAACUCAUCUAAACGUGGGGAAGAAGGCGGCGCUGAGAAGCAGUGCGGACACCGUCCACCGCUGGGGCUCGAGGCCCCCUGGUGGGUUCCCGUACGCGACCUACAAGGCAACCUGUAGCCGCAAUGGCACCUACGCAUCCCCCGCCUGUGGCACCAUCGACUUCAACGAGGAUCUCAGCCGCCCCUUGCUCACCCAGCUACAGGUGGUCUGGAACGCUGAGUUCAGUGGGUCGGUGCCGCGGUGCCUGCAGAAGUUUCAGGUUGCCGUCGUGGAGAAACUGGACAACUUCUUCACCGAGCUGCUCCAGAGACUGCGGCAUAUAAAGAGUGACACCAGUGCCGUCGAAUACAUCCUCAACCACCACCUCGCCGCCGUGGGUGCCAAGCUGGAAAACUUUACCCUGGGUUUACUGGAGGAGAUCUCAGACCGGCAGCGAAAUAUAUCCAGGACCCUGACUCCGGCCGUCCAAGUCGGGAUGGUGCCCGCCUACGUGGAGUGCUCGGGCCUGUCCGGAGCGGGCUCCUUUGAGCGGAUGAAGACCUGCAUGGAGGAACACACGUACCGACAUAACAAGGAGCUCUUCAGCACAGCCUGCUGCAGGCUGGAAGGCCAACUCGACCACCUGACGCAAGAGAUCCAGUCGCGCCUGAAGGUGUUUUUGGAUGAAAUCUGCAGUGAGCUGUCGGUGCUGUUUGAGCCGCUGCUGAAACCAGUGAAGAUAAUCGAUGAGAUCAUCCCCAAGCUGGCGACCAUCUGCAGGAGGAUGAAGGCCGUGUGCCACAAAUCCCAAAUCGACUUCACCUUCCCCAAGAUUGAGGAGGCAGACAAGGAGCCGGAACCCGCCGCCGCGCUGAGGAAACGGGUGGAAUCGGGAACGCCACCGCUCCAGGAGAUGGGGAGAUUCGUGGCCAAAGUCAAGAUAAUGCAGAUCAAGCAGAUGCUCGUCCCUCUGCCCCACUCUGUUGAGAUUUCAAUGGAAGAAGUGGUUCUGAAAUACAACGAGUCUGACAAUCUGCAGGAGAAGCGAAUCCCGUUCCCGCUUCUCUCCAUCUGUGAGUUCUGCGCCAGUCUAUCCUUCCUCACCUUGACCCACAGAAGAAACCACACGGGCAGGGAGCAGGUCGACGUAGUGGUCCUGGAAGGAGAGCAGGCCAGCUCGCUGUUGGGCCACUGGAUGGAGGCGUUGGCCGAUCGUUGGCGCGGGCAGCUGGAGAUCAGGCCGCUGGAGCUGGAGCAGGGAGUGCAGAGACUGAGCUCGCUCCGGGUCAUCGACCAGAGCUCCGACACCAAGGUGCCGAUGGAAGAGGAGACGCCGUGUGCCUGGGCGAGACCGUGUGAGGACCCGUCCCCCUCCCCCUCAUCCUCGUCCUGUGCCUCAGCCUCGACUCCCUCUCGCAGCAGGAAGAGAGAGUGGGGCGAGAGGGAGCAGCCCAGAGCCGUCUCCUGGACCCACAGGAAGCACAGCUCGCAGCUCAGUGUGGAUGCACCAGUGCAGCCUCCCGCAUUAAAGAAGGAGAAGGGAGACUGGCAGGACUCCAGCCCGUCUCAGGAGUGGCUGUGCAGGUCCAUGCCCCCUGUGUUGAAGAAGGAAUCCUACCAGCAUCCUGUGGCGGAGGACUUUGACAAACCCUGAUGUGCAUCAUGGCUGGACUGCACACCCACUCUCUGGAUCACCGGCUGCCUUCAACCAGUCAACUCCGUGUGUGUUGUGUCUUCUGCCCGGACUCCAUGCUCCGCUGACCCGCCCCUGUUGUUCGGGUGGGUGGGUGGGGAUGGGGGGGUCCAACUCCUGUUGCCCUUGCUGCCACCCCAGCCCGCCUCUGGUGGACCUCUCACCAGCUCCUGAAUCUCUUGCACAAUAGGGUAUAGGUUGUGUAGAAACAAAGUCCCGCAGAUGCUGCUGUUCACCAAAGAUAGACACCGAAUGCCGGAGUAACUCAGCGGCUCAGGCAGCAUCUCUGGAGGGAAGGGAUGGGUGACGUUUCAGGUCGGGACCUUUCUUCAGACUGAGAGUGGGGGGGAGGGGGUGAAGAGCUGGGGGCAAGAAAAGACCUGGACCCAUUUGAGUUGGCAACAGAUGACAACAGGCAGGGUGGUGGCCUGGAGGCAUCCAUUGUAUCCCUCUCGAGAUCACGCCUUCCCCAGCCAGCUAUGAGCCCACCAGGCCACUACCCUGCACGAGGUCACGAGGCCAGCACGAGGCCAGCCAUUAUAGCUCCUGGUCUUUCCUCGCCUCCAUAAUCUUCACCCACCCUCCC